AUGUACGGCUUAUCAGAGACACAUGUAGAUGCGAUGAUGUUCAUCUACUGGAUCGCGGCAAUCUUUAUCCAAAUGAUACUCGAAGGGAAAGCAAAUCGGCCAACAGCGACAAGAGAAGAGAUUGCCUUCGGAAUUCUCGACGCCUGGGAUUGUUUCAUUGUCCCCUGGAUGGGAAACAUCUUCAGAGCCUCAGUUUGCAAAGCCAAGGAACAUGGCCUCACCAUGGUCACAGGAAUUCUCGACCCGGAAGGGCAGCCGUUCGAUCCCGUGCCCAUAUCGAUCUCACUAAAUGCAACAUCCGGAUCGGCGCACAAAUGA